AUGGGCCUCUUCGGAGCGCCCACAGAUGGUCCGCUGGAGAGUAUCCAAGACCUGCUGCGGUCUGCCACAGAGAACGGCAUCAAUGUGCAGGGCUGCGAGCAGCAGCCAGCCGUCGGCACUGCGCAGAACAGCACCGAUGGCACCGAGUCCUUGCCGGAGGAGGUGGAGGACGGGGACCUUCCUCCUCUUGUCUCCCAUGAGUUGGAGGAGUGUGCGGGACCCGAGGCUGAUGAGCCGCAGUGCACGGAGCCCAGGACGGACGAGGAAGCGACCGAGAAAGUUGAGGACAUACCUGACCAGGACCAGGAGAUCGAGGAAGAAGAGCCGGACUUGGUUUUGGACGACGAGGAGGACGUCGAGGAGGAGCUCUUUGAGGAGUCGGUGCCGAGUCCUGCGGUUGCCCACCCGAAGCCAGAGGGCAUCGCUGAUGGCCCCUGGUAUGCCGGUGGCUUCGAGUUCUUUGCGGCUUUCGACUCUGGCAACCUUUGCGGAGCUGCCCUGGCGCGGCCCUGUGAAAGCCAGGACCACCUGGCCAAGAAGGACCUUCGAGCUGCAGACGUGCUUUGGGCUGCGGCGGAGCCUCAAAGAGGCAAGCUGCUGUACAAGAUGACCCAAAGCUGUGCCGUGCGGAGGGAGCCCCACCCCAAGGCCAAGCUGGUCACCAAGAAGUCUGCCGGAGCUCGCCUGUAUGCCAGCCGCAGGGUGACCCUGAGCGGGUGGCAGAAGUUGGCAGAUGAGGACGGCUGGGCUCAGCUGGGUCCUGCCACCGCAGAAGCCGAGGGCACUGAAGUGGAGCUACUGCGGUUUGUGUCGCACGACGUCCAGAAGAGCUGCGAUGCCCAAGGCUCCGGCGACGAGACGAUGUCGCCAACAUCACCGCCGCAGCAGGCCAGCGAACCCAGCGCCGGCACCGACGGAGGAGGCAGAGGCGGAGGCGGAGGCUAUCCCAGUGCUCCGAUGCCGUCGGCUGCUUCGAGCCUUUGCUUCGAGGUCACGGCUCGCGCAGACUGCGCCGGCACGCCCUUUGCCAGUGAGGAGUGCCAAUGGUUCCACUUCGGCCUACGGGGCCGCGAGCUGGGCCCUGGCGAGCGGCUCUCCUUUCGCGUUCUGGGCCUCAGCCGCUACAGGCGGCUGGAGACGACGCGCAUGGUAAGCGGGCAGUUGCUGACCGACGGGCUCCAGCCCGUGUUUCGAUCCAGUGCUGAUGUUGGCUGGCAGCUGGCGAGGGGCGAAAUCGGGAUGCUGCGGCUGCCAGACGGCAUGCUGGCCUUCACCUUCGAGCACACGAUGUCAAAGCCCCUGGCAGCGGAUGAGGAGCUGUAUUUCGCUCUCACCUUCCCCUACCCGCUCGGCCGGAUCUACUCGCACCUUGACGGUGCACUGAAGUCCCUUGUGCAUGGCGGGGCAUAUGUUAACCGCGAGCAGCUGACCACGUCGUUGGGAGGUCAUCCCAUUGAGCUGGUCACCGUGACACGUCGUUCGCAGCGCUCUGCAAAACGCCAGCCGCCUUUGCCGGACUUGACACAGGAGGAAGCCCAGCGGCCCUGGAUCUUUCCAGAGCGCCGUGCCAUCUUCGUCAGCGCAAGAGUGCACCCUGGAGAGACGCCGGCGAGCUUCAUGUUGGAAGGCCUCUUGGACUUCCUGGCCUCUGGCGGCUCAGAGGCCAUGGAGUUGCUCCGGCAAUAUGUGGUGCACGUGGUACCCGUGCUGAACCCCGACGGUGUGGCCUUCGGCCACCACCGCCUGGACAUGCGUGCAGAGAACCUCAAUCGGGUCUAUGGCAAGGCAAGUCUCGAGCAUCACCCCUCGAUCGUCGCAGCAGAGAAAGCCUGCCUCUGCGCGCAUGAGCACCAGGGGGGCCUGCGGCUGUACCUUGACCUCCAUGCCCACAGCAACCGCCGUGGUGCCUUCCUUCUGGCCGAUGCUGGCCGUGACGCGGAAGCCCGGCUCUUCGGCUGGGCCUUGGGAAGGUACUGCAACAUCUUCGAGUACUCGCAGAGUGACUUCAGCGAGUCCAAGCGAGGAACUGGAAAGUCCACGAUUGCAAAGCUGACCGGAAAUCCCCUUUGCUACACCGUAGAAUGCCACUACAUUCGAGGCCACCACAGUGCCGAGCCCUUCGGGCCCCAAGCCUGGUAUCGUUUGGGGUGGUCGCUCUGCCGUGCACUUCUGGCCUUGGACUUCGCGCGGCGCCCGAGGCGGAGCCUCUGUCCGCCUGGUGCAGAUCCGAUGGUGCGUUACCGGGAGAUCACAAUGGCAGCGCGCCGGCUUCUGCUCGGAGAGAAGGCAGCCAAAGGAGGUCGGAGCCGGUCACCUGGAGGGCCAAGCCGCUUCGCCCCCGAGUUCGGCAAGAUCCUCGGCCCUUCCCCGACGCGGCCGGCACCCCUGGCGCUGCUCAAGAAUCCGGAGCUGAUUGAUCAGACGGUCGAAAUCAUCGAGUCUUUCACGGAAGGCGGGCAAUGGCUGCGGCUCCAUGAAUCUUCAGGCGGCCUGGUCCUGCCGGAGGAAGCCGUGAGGCCUUGCAUGGAUCAAGAGGGCUCCUUCUUCUACGGGGUGCUGAGCAAGGCGCCUGUUUCCGUGCAGCCAUCGCCGACGUCGGCAGUGCUCUGCUUCUUGAAUCCGGGCACUGUUCUGGAAGCUUCAGAACGCACGGUGGUGGAUGGUGUGCUUAGAGUUCGCAUCAUUCGAGAUUCCCAGCGCGGAGCGAUUGGUGGAUGGGUUAGCGAGUUCAAGCGGCCCGUCUUCGAUCCACGCCUCGGUGGGGCAGCGCAGCUCCUACGGCUAAGGGGUCCGCCGAGAAGCUUGGGCAAGAAGGGACCAUGCUAUGCCUUCGCUUGCUGA